GGCUGCAUGACCUUGGUGGGCUCCAUCAUUGCCCGUUUGGUGGCCGGGCUGCUCUGAGGAUACCCCUAGGGAGUGGGUGUGGGCAACGGCUGACGUCAGUGCUUUGCCGCCUCGGCUGGGUUUUGCGAUGGUUCUUGUGGCCCCUUGUCGGAGCCCCUCCCGGAGGGAAGCUAAGGCCGUCCAGAGCUGCCGAGGGCUGCUGGCGGCCCAGGUCGGGAUGAGCCUCUUGCUGCCCAAGCUUACGUCCAAAAAAGAAGUGGACCAGGCCAUCAAAAGUACGGCAGAAAAGGUUCUGGUUCUCAGGUUUGGGAGAGAUGAGGAUCCCGUCUGUCUGCAGAUCGAUGACAUCCUUUCUAAGACUUAUCAUGACUUAAGUAAAAUGGCUACGAUAUAUCUGGUAGAUGUGGACCAAACCCCAAUUUAUACCCAGUAUUUUGACAUCAGUUACAUUCCAUCUACUGUCUUUUUCUUCAACGGGCAGCAUAUGAAAGUCGAUUAUGGGUCUCCAGAUCACACAAAAUUUGUGGGAAGUUUCAAAACUAAACAGGACUUCAUAGAUUUAGUUGAAGUAAUCUAUCGAGGAGCAAUGCGGGGAAAACUUAUUGUCCAAAGUCCAAUUGAUCCCAAGAACAUUCCUAAAUAUGACCUUCUUUAUCAAGGCAUUUAAAACAUCAACUUGAAUCAAAAUUGAAGAGAGAAAUGCAGUUGAAACACUAUAUAUAGCCAAAUAAGCUGUUGUUACAUGAUCCUGUUUUACUGAAGCGAUCACACACCAGAGAGAAAAGGAGAGAAGAGGUUUGAAUUUUACAUCAAAUUCUAAAAUGGUGUCAGACAACUGAUUAUGAGAUUAUAUUGAAAUUUGUUGAUAUUUGAAGAUAUCUUGGACCCCUAAUUUUCUAUCAUCUAUUCAUAUUUGGCAAAUUGUGCUAAAUAGUGUCCGUCUUGGAAUCAGGCUUAAUUUCUAACCCCACCCCUCUUCUCCCAACUUGCUCUUUCUAUCUCAUUAGACCCAAUUUAUCUUUUUCCCCAAAUGAAUGUAGGUUAUUUUUUAACAUGGAACUAAUUAAUACCAGAUUGAAUUAUGCUUAUAUCAAGAAUGAAAACAGUAAAUGGCUUUUCCUCCCCUGUAGUGCUUGGCCCUUUUUUUUUUUUUUUUUUUUUUUUUUAAGUAGCUAAUGAAACUAGACUCCUAUAGUUACUUCCAUCUCAUCCUAUCUUCUAGUCUAACUUGGGGGGGUAAGGGGAAAAAGGAGAAGAUAGGUUCAGUAAUAGGCAAGUUUUGUUCUAGAACCUUUUGAGUAUUUUAAUAGCUUGAAAACAUUAUAAAUUUAUGCAAUAGUGCUCUUGUUUCAAGCAUAAAGUAGCAAUUAUUAUUUGUAGUCGUCUGGAUGAAGAGUGGUUCUUAGGAUAGCUGGUGGCUCAGACUUCCACUGUUCUGUACCUCAUCUGAUUCAAGCCCAAGCUUGAAACUUUCAUAGAAUGCGUCUCCCCAAGUAGCCAAAAAAAGGAAACCUAAGAAGCUGAAUUAGUAAUAGCAUUGGAUAAUUCACUCUAUUGACUUCUAGUCUUCUGGAAUUUCCUAUUCUUCCAAGGCUUCAGUGAUAAUACUUGUCUUUCCUAAAAAAAAAAAACAUAUCCCCAUUUAUACAAGGUUCAUUACUCUAGUCAUAUUUUUCUUGAGGAUUUUUGGGAGUGAAUCUUUGGAGCACUAAUUCCCACAAAUAGUUCUUUCUUAAUUGUGUGCUUACUUAGGGGAAAAGGGGCUGGACCUGUGAUUUCAUGGCUAAUGAAACUCCAAAGUAAGGAAAUUCCCUCUCAGUGCAGGUGUCACUUUCUCUGCCCUCAUGUUUUUCAAGGGUUGCCUGGAAGAUUGAAAAUUUAAAUGACUCAGAGCCAUACAACCAGUGUGCAUAAGAGUCGAUUUUCAAAUUCUGAUCUUCCUUCUUCCAAGACCACUUCUAUUAUGGUUCCUGUCUUAAAUAGAGUAAAUCUGUAGUCAUUACCUUUCUGUAUACUGAAUGGAUGCUAGCCAAUAAAGUAAUUAUUUUUUGCUGGCUA